GUCUUGGAGAAGGUUCCUUACUUGCACAAGAAGUUCGAGUACCGCCAGGUAAAGGACCAGAUCCUGCCGAGGAUGCUGCAGCUCUUGGGCACCGCUGCACCGAAAGUGAAGGUCCAGGUACUGAUGGGCUUGAGCCGCAUCUUCGAGAUCUUCGACAAGAACACGAUCCAGGACAUCGUCCUACCAGCUUUUGAAAAGCUGACGAAGUCGGUGCGCACACCUACGCCCCCAAAGGGCCCUCGGUCGCUUGGUGCAGACGUCUUUCAGCGAUGGCUGCAAGAUGAUUGCUAUUGUGCUACGGGCCUUUUCUGGCAGCAGGCGCCGCAGGUUGCUGGCGGAGACGCUGGGCUUCAUGCGCGGCGCUUGCUGCAGGGAGGUGACCACCCAUGGUGCGGACGGAGAGGGCUGGACGUUUGGGGCCUCCUGUACGACAGCUACGCUUUUGCAGCCGGCUGUGGGUUCACAGCGAUGGCCGUCUGGAGUGCCGCGCGGCUCUUCCGUGGCUUUCGCGUGGCUCGGGAAACGGACAGGCGUCUUCAGGUUGCUAUCCACGUCUUCUGCCUCGUCUCCUCUGUUGUGCGGCUGGGUUACAUCAUCUGCGAGGCGACUCUGGUUCACCAGCCGCGCACACGAGAGAGCUUGCUGGAAAGACUGGCUGGUGCUUCAUACACGGCCUUCUUCCCGCUUUCCGCGGCUGCUUUUCUUUGUAUCUGCCAGUACUGGCUUCGACUGAUUGACUUCAUGGACCAGGCGGUCGAGAAGCCAUGGUACCAGAAUCCGCUGAUUCUGCUCUGCCUCCUUUUCCUGAUACUCGAAGCGGGCCAUGAUUUCAUGUACUUGCAAGGUGAGCACUUCGUUCUGGAAGGGAUGUACUUCUUUUGGCUUUCUUGUCUGAGUGUUGGAACGGCCUUCCUCGGCGUCAGCAUUGCCUGGCAUCUCUACAGGCGGAUGCGCUCGUGGCUGACAGCCGAUGCAGGGAAUGCCGUCUUCAAGCGGACUCUGGUUUGCAUGCUCAUCCUGAGCGUUGUGCAAGCACUCGUGGGCCGAUAUUUUCCAUGGCCUUGUUUUGAAUGCUGGGUGACCGGCCGGCUGCUGGAGUUGGCCUAUCUGGUAAUGGUGCUCCUCGCUGUGGGUCGUGCGGAAGCGCCGGAAGGCUUGGCGAGUCCCAACAACUCGGUCUUGCCGGGUUUGCGGGAAAGCAGCUUUGCUGAAAGCGUCACCAGCCAGGGAAGCCCUGGCGGUUGGGAGGCAUUCUGGAUAAGCCCUCCGCAGGGUGCUGCCACUGGCAGACAUGCAAGAAGCACAAGCUUCCAAAGUGAAGCACAGGCACAAAGCCCCCAGAAUGCUCCGCCCGAGCCUGACUAG